AUACUUCAGCCACAUAAUGUGAUGAUCUAGCUCUCUUGAGAAGUCUAUAAAGGUGGAAGGAAAGAAAAGAUGAGGACAACCAGCAGUAGGUGGUUGAAUUCAAUUACAGUUCAAUUACUGGCAAUGGGUACACUUUUGGAAGACCUGAAGGACUAGGUUGCGGAUAGCUCAUUGUGGAGAAAAUCUAUGUGGUCACUAAGAGUCAACACCAACUUGGUGGCACAUAAUCAGUCACUGCCCAUUCUAAUGACAUACAUGCACAGUCCACAGUGCACAACAUUGUUUUCAACAUUAGAAAAGGCACAGUAAAUUGUUGAUAAACUUAUUCCAGCAGCUAUUAAAUACCCAAAAGGAUGAUUUUUUUCCUCGGUAUCUGCACAGGUUUUGGGGAGACUAUACUUUUAUUUUUUUAAAUUAUUUUUAAAAUAUAUGAAAUCUACUAUCUCGAGGUGUGAAAACCAGAGUAAAUUUCCUUCUCUACGAAACAAAAUGGUUAAAACUGAAGGAAAAUCAGAAACUUUUAAUAAUAUACCCAGUUUAUGCUGAAAAAAAAAAUCUUCAGUUACAGAACUGUUGUCAUUGGCCUUUUAAAUUAUUGUUAAUUACUGUUUCUUUUUGCUGCAGAAAAGAUUUGAAGUUUGUCAGUGAUGUUGAGAAAGAAAUGAAAGCCCUUAUAGAAGCAGUCAAUAAGAGCAAGCACACAAAGAAGAGUCAUUGUUUUCCACCCAUGAACAGAGAACACCGUCGAAUCAUCCAUGAACUUGCUCAGGUUUACGGCAUUGAGAGUGUGAGCUAUGAUAACGAACCAAAGCGCAAUGUUGUUAUCAGUGCGGUGAAAGGGAAAUCAGUUUGCCCAACAGUUACUCUGACAUCAUUACUUACCAAGGAGAAGCAAGCCAGGCCCCCCCCACCUAUUCCUCAUCACAAGCAAUCAGAAAAGCAUGGGAAUAGCAGCACAGAGAGACGAUUCAAAGAAGAGACAGUUAUUGACUACUUUGAUGUACAGGACUGAUGAGAUUAACAUGAAAUUAUGCUGUGGAAAAUUGGAAGUGAAGCUACAAAUGUGUUCAGGAUCAUUUUUGUCAAAAUACAUUCUGUUUUGUGUAUUUGAAGUUCAUCAUGCAAACAGCAGAGGAAAAGAAAUGGUUCAUCUUUUUUAAGUAUGGCAAGGUAGAAUAUUAUAACCAUUUGUGGUUGAAUAAUUUUUAAUGGAAUGUGGUCACAAUUGUAUAUGUGCAUCUACAGCCAGCUUCAUAUGUAAAUCUUUGGUUCAUCAGAGGUUUGUAAGGAGUUCUUGGUACAACAUAGAUUCUUUCUCAUCUGUGUCAUGUGUGUGGAUCACAAGGGUCAGGGGUAGUACCAGCAAGCAUGGCCUAUUCUUCAUCUCUUGCACUCAUAAAUAUGUGAGGGAACAACACCCAACUAGUAUAAAAUUUUUCAGCAGAAAGUAACGUACAGUAAUUAUUAAUGAAGUGUGAGUGAGAGUUCAGAUUAUAUUGAUAAAUUUAGAUGAACUGCUAAAAAAAAUUGAAGUUAAAAUCAUAACAUACAACAAGAACUAGUUCCAUAAGACUUUCAGAUUCAUGCAGUUAGUCAUAAUAGAAUUGAUGAGUCAAGGAGUUGGCAAUCAUAGUUCGUUUCUAAACUUAGGUUGCCUUUUUCAUCGGUCUUUCUUUUAAAUGCUAGAUACUCUCAAAUGGUGACUAUAUAGUGAGGAAGGAGUUCUGUGGCUCUUCUUAUGUGACUACACUACAAUUCCCAGCAGCCCAAGACAGCAUAGUUACCAGUAAAGGAUGUGCUGGAGAGCCAUAGUUUUUCUAUCCCAUGUAUAGUUAGGAGAAUGUUCACUUAGUAAAUUUAUACUUUUUGGGUGAAAAUUUGUUUUCUCUUUUCUUCUGUUAAAAGUAGCAUAUAGAAUUAUGUUUGAUUGUGGUGACAGCACAGUUGUGUUUCAGUUGGUGAUUCUCAGCACAGAAAGAAAUUAUGGACAAGCAUAAAUGAGUGUAGUGGUGGUGGAAGGUUGUCAGCAGUGUUCUGUUCCUGAAGAGCUUUCAAUUUCCUUAAUAUCUUCCCUCUAUUUUAUCUUCCCUGUGCAGGAAAUUUCUGAUGUUAAAAGUGUGUUAUCAGACCACCACCAUGGUGUGGAAGAAUAUUGUAUGAAGAUAAGUCAGUUAUGAUUCUGUAAAUUGGUAGCCUGUUUUCCACAAAAUGCCUGUGACAUCUUACUGCAUGUAGGAUAUCCUGACAUUUUCUGGAUUAUAUCUUUGGCUUAUUAAUACAUUGCAAAUAUAUUUAUUUUUGGUAUAUAUUUCAGUGAGUAACAUGAAUAAGCAUUUUUAUGGCUUUAAAAUUGUAACAUGAGAAAUGGUUAUAUCACAAAUUUAGGAAUAUGCUUGAAAUGCCAUACACUGAGGUGUCAAGUUAAAUAAUAUGGCAUGUAUUUACACCUAUUAUAAUGAAUUCUAGUUACUUGCUCAUCAUAUAUAUUUAGGUAGCCCAUGACAAAAUACAAGCUAGUAGUCUUAUAGACAUAUCAAGAGAAUGAUAGAACAUUAAUAAUUUGUUAUGUAUAAACCUAUUGGCAAUAUGCUUAAAAAUUGAGCAUUUCUCUGCCUUUUCCAAAUACCCCAAAGCGCAGUCCAUUCCAUUUUAGUACUGAUUUGCUGAAGUAGUGCUAGUACCACUCCAGUGUAUGAGUUGGUUUCCUACACUAUAGGGACUGUGCAUACAUGACAAGUUCUUGCAUCUCCAGAAGCUGAAGACGGAUUAUAUUAACUUUGUUGAUGAGUUACCACAGGUUUGCCAGAGAGCUUACAGGCAGAGGCAGAAAAGCUGCUAGGUAUAUGUGAACAUCAAAUAAAACUAAAGAAGAAUGUACAGUAGAUCUAUUGGAAUGUAUAUAAAUGUGGAGUCCCAGUGCUCAUCCAACAAACUACAAUAUAAACCAAUUGUAUCUUUACAGAGGAAGGAUGUAGAUGCACAUUUCUACUCAUUGCUUGUUCUAGACAGAAUUUUUAUAUCUGCAUAAACUGAUAGGUACAGGGUACUAACUAAAAGCAAUAUUUGCUUGUGUAUGUGAACUUGUUAUAAGGAGUCACAUAUGCAGAAAAGUUUAUUCAUUUUCAGUACUUAGCACUUUUAAUUUAUGUGACUUGUGGUUUCAAAGUGAUUGAUCCUGCUGUUGCUUGGUGAAAAGUGCCAUGUAAACAUUAAGGGGUUAAACAGGUAUUUAUUUUUAGUGGUUUGGCUAAACCUUGAUAUUUUCAUGAAGAGUUGAUCUCUCAGCUCUUUUGAAAUUACAAUUUUCAUUUAUUCAUUUCUGACUUAGUUUUUGCAAUUAUGAUAACUGAGAGGGAGAAGUCUGUUUAGAACAAGUCUUUGCACACUGUUCUUUCCUAAAAUUAUGGACAGUGCAAUUGAGUUUAUAUAUGCAAAUAGUGCAGAUGGAAAUUCAGGAAUGUAGCUUAGUAAUAGGUAUAUAUACAUAUAUAUAUAUAUAUAUAUUCAGAACUGCUCAGACUAUUCAAUGCUCUGUGUGCUUUGACUUCUGUAUAAUCUAAUGUGAAAAUUACUAUGGAAACCAUUCCUUUUGCCAUUUCACAUGAUACAACUUAUGAUGAAGUAAAAAAAAAAUACCAGUAUAUGAUUAAUUUUUAAUACAUCAUUUCAGUCUUUACAUUCACAAAUGUACACAUUCUGCUUGCUUUCAAUUUCAGUGGUGUAAUAAAUGGCUGACUUUAUAAAUCUGAAAUAGAACUCUGUAAUAAAGUACAAAAUUUCUGAUGGAUAUUUUUUAAUCUACUUUAAAGUUCUUGUGAAUUGCAUAAAAAUGGAGGCUGCUGAAAUGCUAUAGGAAGUCAAUCAUGACAAUCAGGGGAACAUCAUUAUAAACUUUAAUAGUGAAUUCCAUCUUAAACUAAAUCAAGUAUGUCAACUUUUUUAAAAAAUGUUUGUAUGUGAAAGACAAAUGCUAAGAGUGGUCCAAAACACAGUUCAACAAAUAUUUGAAAAUUAAACUUCAAUAUAUAGCUGAGGGGGAAUCACUAAAUUUCAACUGCAGUGCAAUGCUCUGAAUUUCAGCUCAGGAGUAAUUUCUAUAGGUUCCUAGGAUUUAAUCUGAAAUAAGAUUUCUCAAAUUUCCCUGUUUGAGCUCAUAGAUGUCAGUGUUUCCCUGAUAUUUCCCUCACCAGCCUUCCCAAUAUUGGAAAGAAAGGGUAUGAUGGGUUGGGGAGAGUAUGAGCUAAUAAGGAUUUUUUUUUUUUAAUGACAAAGGUU